GAUGGUAGAGGAAAAAAAAAUCAUUACACAAAAAAAAACAUUAAGGCUUGGCAAGAAAAAUCCGUGAUUCGCUUUGGUGUGCUGCUCGUCGGACGGAGGAAAACGGAGAAAACCCUCGAUUCGAUUAAAGAUAAGCCAGUAGUACGCCUACGUGGACGACGGUGUGGAAAAAGCAAUCGCUGCACUUCCACGGUGAAGGAACAUCAACAUUCUUCCCAUCCUUUGCCACCUCACGAACGAUAAGGCACUGCGACUAAAUUAAGGCCCAACAGCAGCAGCAGAAGCACCAGCAGCAUUCCAGUGGUGGGGGGUGGAAUUACGUCCAGAAAUUAUCAUCGGUCUCGGUACGGGGAGGGGGCGGUGAUACGGUAAUGUCCGGCCAUCAAUACGUACCGAACCCAGCGAACCUGUUCACGGACGAAGACGAAAUAGACGAUGAGCUCUUCCUGAGGAACGCCCGUCGCACGGACGGUUACCUACCCGGGGAUGAUAAGUACGGCAUGUCGAAGGUGGCGGGCGCCCCCUACACCCGUCCGGAUGUGUUGGGGCCCGCGGCAGGAUUUGACGGCGGGCUCGGCGGGUACGGCGGCGGCAGUAGUGGCAGCGCGGGCGGCAGUGUCGUUAGCGUCGGGCCGGGCGGUUACGUGAUGGACAUGCCGGCGGCCGCGUACGGUGCUUACGGUGCAGGCGUUCCUAGCAGCAAACCGCCGACGGUCGUGUACGGCAGUGCGGCGAACAUGUACGCCGGCCUCGGGUCGGACGCUGGGACCGACGUGGACGACGAGAUCGCGCGCCAGCGGCAAACGUUCGAGCAGCGGCGCCGGGAGCUGGAGGAAAGCACGCUGCUCACCUCCCAGCGGUGCCUCGGGGUGCUGCGCGAGACGGAGCAGGUGGGCAUCGCGACGGCCGAGGAGCUGCACCGGCAGCGGGAGCAGCUGGAAAAGACCAAGAAGCAGCUGGACGAGAUCAACAACUCGCUCCGCUUCAGCCAGAAGCAUCUGAACAGUCUGAAGAGUGUGUUCGGUGGGUUGAAAAACUAUCUCUCCGGCAGGAUGGUGGCUAGCGGUGGUGGUGGUGGUGGAGGCAGCGGUGGACCGAUCGGGCCCGGAAGCGUCGUUCACCACGGGGACGGUGGUGGAAUACCGCGACAGAACAUAUCAUCUCCGACGCCGACCGAGGAGGACGAACUCUACCCGAACCCGCAGGACUUCCGCAUUGCGGACCCGUACUGGACCGCGGACCAAUCGCCGGUGCCACCGUCGCAGGUGCCCGGCGACUACCACCACCAUCAUCAUCCCCAUCAUCCGCACCAUCCACAGCAGCAGCAGCAGCAGCACCUCCAUCAACAACAGCAAAAGCAGCAGCAGCAGCAGCAGCAGCAACAGAUGGCAAACGGGGGCGCCGGCUUCAGCCACCAGCUCGACCAAAAUCUGGACGAAAUGCGGGGCAAUUUGUCGCGCUUGAAGAACUUGGCCUUGGACUUGAAUCAGGAAAUCGACAGCCAGAACGAUCUGAUCGACGACAUCUCGGACCGGGUGGAGGACGUGGACGUGAAGAUCGGCAAGCAGAACAAAGACAUGAACCGACUGUUGCGGAAGUAAGGUGCGCGUCCACAACCAUUAGUGUGUGUGUGUGUUUACAUCGAACUCUCAUCCGUGGCAGGGAAGGGCAAGGACAGGGGGUAGUGUGUGUUGCGCCCUGGGCGCUACUAAACUAAACUAAACUAAAGGUUAAUGGACCGAUAUUAUUUACGUUUACAACAAAGGGGUGUGCGGGCGUGCGCGCGGUGACGUGCAUCUUUCCUCAUUCGAAGUUGUGGCCGCGUAAGUGUGUGGCGCGCGAGAUCGCGAGUGUCGUUAAAAUGAUUGUUUGUUGGAAGCCAUAUGUGUGGGUAUUCUGUGUACAGUAUUUACAACCGGCAGGAAACGGAACGGAACAAAGAAACACGCGAAAGUAGGACAAAAGUAACGCGUUGGUGUGUUUGCGUGUUAUCAUUACGACUGCGCAGACAAACACGGUGGUUUGAAGGUAAGGCGCGAUCAGUGCACACGUUGACGACAGGGAACGUGGUCGCCGUUUUUAUUGUUUAUUUUUAUGUUUUUACCGGAAAAAGGAACGAUUAGACCCCGCAGUAGAGAGGAGGCAGGUGGUGGAUUGAUUGGUUGGUUGGGUUCCUUGCUGCAGAAAAGCACUACUAGAGCUAUCUAUCAGAAGGCUGUUUUUCAUUACAUAUUAAUCGAAUGGUUUUAGUUUUUAGAGUAGAGGCAAGUGAUUUUAGUGAUCGUUCGAAUACACACACACAAUAUAUACACAAGAACGAAGACACAACGGUAUACGUUUUUCGUUUGACUUUCUAAGUAACUGUUUCGGAGUUGAACAAAGGUUUUUUUGUUUUCUUCCUUACUUUUUAAGGUGCGUUUCUACUCCUCUCCGACUAUUAGCACUUUAUGACCGAUUUUGCGGUGUCUCGAAGCACACACACAAACAUAAACAUAAUACAUCCACAUACGUACACAUCACUUACAAAUAGCGUGUUCCACACUUGACCAGUUAUCAUAGGGGCGAAAAAGAGGGAAUUGUGAAGAGGGAGGGUGUGUGUAAUAGGCGCAUGGCAAAAACGGCUACAAAAAGGGCAUAUUCUAAUCACGUGCAUGAACGUUAUACAUACAAAAAAAGUAUAAAUAUAUAUGAAUACAUCUCAAAGCAAAAGCAGGACGAAAAUUUCAAAACUACCCCCAAACAAGCUAAACAAACGAAACAAACAAAGCAAAAAGAAAAUCCAUGAAAAUAUAUAUAUAUUCUACCAAAUCGAUAAAUGUAAAUAAUCAAACCGUCUCGCGAAAAGGGCGGGAUACAGAUACGCGAACAGAUAACUAAUGGUUCUACAAACCUAUUCCUAUUUCUCUACACCAUUCUCUCACUCACUUUCUGUCACUUUCUCUCUCUCUCUCUCUCUCUCUGUCUUGGAAGGCUCACGAAAGGCUCGAACCUUUCCCUCCCAAAACGACUAAAAACGUUCGACCAUUCUUCAUUACUCGUUUACGCUUGCCACUUCUUAGAUACGAACGAACGGAGUAGGCGAGAUCCCAGCACUGACGGGGAGAUGAUGAUGAUCGUUCAUAGUCGCGCACGCAAUGUCGUAACCAGGAUGUCUUAUAAGAAAAUUCAAAUUCCAAUCCUACAACACACAUACCAUCAGCCUUCCUUUCUAAUCGUAAUUUCUCUACUCGUAAACGUAAACAUGGAUUCUAAAAUCAAAACUAAAAACACACUAUUUCACACACUCCCUUUUCAUCACCCUUUGAUCACCUUACUAAGCGAGAAAACACAAACAAACACUCACACACACAUACAAAGCAAACAAAUACGAUGAUGAUAUUGUUAGAUAAUCGGAUUGAAAUGGUAAUGAUAGAGCAGCAAAAACAAGUAAUACAACAAAAACAAA